CGAGAAAAAAAUACUCCUUUGACUAAUGUACAUCUAGGGUAAGGUUUCGAAGGCUAAUAAAAGAAUAGAUUACCGUGAGAAUCAUUCAUUAGUCGCACUGCUCGGAAAAAAAAAAACGAAGAAAAAUCAGUACCAAGAGUGAUUGAAGAAAAUGGAGCUGAAAGUAUAUGUAGAUCGUCUGUCACAGCCAUCAAGGGCAAUUGUCAUCUUCUGCAAGGUAAACAAGAUAGACUUUGAAGAGGUUGGAAUUGAGUUAUUAAAGGGUCAACAUCUAACUCCUGAAUUCAAAGAAAUAAAUCCUAUGGGAAAGGUGCCAGCUAUUGUAGUUGAUGGAAAGUUCAAGCUUUUUGAGAGUCACGCGAUCCUAAUCUUUCUUGCUUCUGCAUUUCCUGGAGUUGCUGAUCACUGGUAUCCAGCUGAUCUUUACAGGAGAGCUGAAAUUCACUCAAUUUUGGAUUGGCAUCACUCCAACUUACGUCGCGGCUCAGUUGAAUUUAUUCAGAAUACUUUGCUAGCACCUUUUUUUGGUCGACCUCUGAAUCCACAAGCAGCUGCUGAAGGCGAGAAAGUUUUGUCUUCAUCCCUGUCAAAGAUAGAGGCUCUGUGGCUUAAAGAGAGUGGCCAGUUCUUGCUAGGCAGUAGCCAACCAUCCAUAGCUGAUCUAUGCCUCGUCUGUGAGAUAAUGCAACUAGAGUUUACAGAUGAAACGGAUCGCAAUCGCAUACUUGGUCCCCACAAGAAGAUUCAGAAGUGGAUUGAGGAUACCAAAAAUGCAACAAAACCACACUUUGAUGAAGUGCAUCAAGCCCUCUUUGCAGCCAAAGUUAAAUUACAGAUGCAACGUAAAUAGAGUAAAAACUGUGAGGUGGAGCAAGAUAUGUAUGAAGUCUUUGCUUUUAAAUCUUUCACAAGACAUGCAAUAAAUAUUUCUUGGUUCAUCAUGUAUAAACUUUGAGCCAAUGAUUUUAUGCAGCAAGACUGGAUCAAAUAAUGAGUGGACCACAGUCCACAACGUAUUAAUUUAAGUACUUUUGAUA